AUGGCGACCAUUGUAAAGAAAUUGAACUGGAGUAUUCACAUGGCAAAAAUGAAUUUAACGAACAGUCUGGCGAACAAAAUUAGAGUAUCUGCACUCUUCAUUUUAAUACUCGGUUUUACAAGUAGUUAUGGAGAAAACAGCUAUGAAGAUAAUGUCUAUGAGUUUCUCAAGCGGGAGUAUUCGCUGAGUAAGCCAUACCAAGGCCUAGGUUCAUCCAGCUCUUCACACUGGGAGUUCAUGGGUAACACUAUGAUCAUGCCUGAACACAUACGGCUGACAUCAGACAUGCCGAGCAGACAAGGAGCUGUGUGGAGUCGUAUUCCCUGUUACAUUAGGGACUGGGAACUGCGAGUGCAAUUUAAGGUCCAUGGUGAAGGCAAGAAGAACCUGAACGGGGAUGGCCUUGCAAUAUGGCUGACAAGAGAACGAAUGCAAAUUGGUCCAGUGUUUGGAAGCACAAACUUUUUUACUGGUUUGGGUGUUUUUGUAGAUACGUAUCCCAAUGAUAACAAGCAGUAUGAGAGAACUUUUCCUUUCAUCUCUGCAAUGAUCGGGAAUGGUAGUGUUGCAUAUGAUCAUGACCGUGACGGACGAACAACAGAUCUUGGAGGCUGCUCUGCCCAUGUUCGCAAUGUUGAACACGACACCUUCCUCUUGAUUAGAUACAUGAAGAACAGACUCACGGUGAUGACUGAUAUAGAAGGGAAGCAAGAAUGGAAGGAUUGCCUGGACAUGCCUGGGGUGAGGAUGCCACAAGGUUACUACUUUGGAGUCUCGUCAGCCACUGGAGAGUUAUCAGAUAACCACGUCCUGAUCUCCCUUAAGUUGUAUGAGCUUACAGUGGAGCGGAGUCCUGAAGAGGAAGAGGACCAGCAGGAGAUCACUUUGCCUAGUGUAGACUACAGAGAGACUUAUGUUGCAGUGGAGGAUAAAGGAAGGAGCAUUCUUGCAAACUUAUUUCUCUUCAUUUUCUCCGUUGUUGGGCUGGUCGUGUCCGUUGUGGCUAUUCUCUUUGUAUAUAGUCGCUAUAAAGAAAAAAGCCGCAAGCGCUUCUACUGAGCAAACUGAAGAAAGAGUGACAUGAAGGAAACGGGAUGAGAAAUCUGACGUUAGUGUUACUGGCAUUUCCACUUCUGGUACUCACCCCUGCCACCAACAGAAAGGACCUGAAUGCCAACGCUAGACUGAAAGCUAUACAUGACCUCCAAAAGUGGAAACUGACCACCUCAAUUGUGAUUUCACCAUCAUCUCUCUUAAACUAAGAAGUACAUUUGAAAGAGUGUCUGUUGUUGGAGGCUGUCUCUCUCCAUAUUCUUUGUGCAUUUGCUGUAUUUUUGUACCUCACCAGUUUCACUGACCUUGGCCUUUUGCCCUUAGGCAGCACUGAAAAGUAUCUGUGACCGCAUUUACAGAGGUGGAAUAGAUAAAUUGCUAUAUACUCAGGUUGUCUACUGUUGUAAUACCUCUGCGGAAAUCCUUAAAGCCUCUUUGUUUUCAUGGUUCUUUCUUAAAUUGCACAUAAACGAUCAACAGAAAAUAUGAACAUCACCUCAGCCUUGAAAUCUCAGAAUAUAGGUGAAUAUCCUUCAGUAAGUAAUUGUACCAGAUAACUCCGAUCUCUGACCAUCAUCUCAUAGCUGUCAGCAUUUUAAGUUUUAAUCUGGUGAAUUUGAUUCCAUUUAUUACAUUUGUAUUUCAUUAAGCUUCAUAUAUGACUAAUGCUGGCCAAUUGUACUGUUCUAAACCGUCAGCAAUAGCAAUCAUCAUAUGUUAAAGACAUUUUUCCCCAAAUUAUUUUUUUGUAAUAAAUAAAUGUACUUUGAUAUGUGUUGUAUUUUGUUGAAUGUUUCCAAAACUGCACUGAACUGAAUGUGCUUGCUUGGCCCUAAGUGGCUUAUCUAGAAUCUUUUAAGCAUGAACAUAAUAUUUGUUGAACUAGGUUUGUUUGCAUGAUUCUCUUAUAUCACUCUGUGAUAACCCAUUUGUAUGUGUACCUUUCCUCUACAUGGCCUUAUGUCUACUAACUAUAAUGUGCUGAGAAAUAUCAUAGAAAUGUUGAUGAGACGUCUUGAAUUCAUAUAGCUUAAAGAGUUCAUAACUUCUUUCCACAAACAGUUAGAGAUGCACUGCCAGUGUAGCAUUUGGACAUUUCAAGGUGAACUUUUUCCCCAGUUUUGCAAUAAUUAAUAAUGGCAUUGUUGUAAAGAUAUGCAAGGGGUUUUUGUACAGUGUGAUAUGACCAUGUUCCAAUAUUUUGUAUAACUUCUAGUCACUGCUCUUUACAAUUAUGCUGCAUUUACAGCACACCUUGUUUGUAGGCCAAAGGUUCUGUAACUGAGUGAAAAGCUGCUCUAUAAAACUGUAGUGUUUUAGAUCUUCAUGGUUGUCUGCAAAAUGUCUAAAUUAAAGAUUAUUA